CGCUGACAUCAACUGAGACAAAUAACAGAAAGUCCCAGUAUCCAGCCAUGCAGCCGCCACCUAGAAAGGUGAAAGAGAGUCAGGAGGUGAAGCUGGAGUUCUUGGAGCAGCUUGGGAGACUACAGACCAAGCAUCAGCAGGACACUGAGCUCCUGGAAGAGAUCAGGUCCUUCAGUAAACAACGAGCAGCUAUAGAGAAAGAAUAUGGUCAGGCUCUUCAGAGGUUGGCGGUCCAGUACCAAAAGAAAGACUGGCAAAGAGGAAAAACUGAUGCCAUCACAUCUGGUGUGUUUGGUGUGUGGCGGUCAGUGGUGGAUGCUACAGCUCUGAAUGCUGCAGCGCGGUUGGCUGCUGCUGAGGAAUACCGCGCUCUGAUUGGACAAGCCUCCAGAAGCCUUCGCAAUGCAAAGGACACCAAGACUAAGAGAGGCCUGGAGCAACUGCAGCGGGUACAGGGAGAAGUGGUGGAUGCUCUACGGGAGCUGCACAGGGUCAAAAAGAGCUACCACCAAGUCAGUCACAUCGCCAACAUGGCUAGAGAAAAGGCUACUGAUGCACAGGCCAGAGCCAGGAGGAGUGAGCAUGGGAUUUUCCACUUUAGAACAGGACUACAUAAGAUGAGUGGCAAGCUCAGUGCCAGGUUGAAGGAGUGUGAUGAUCAUUUAACUGAAGUUCGUAAUGACUAUCUGCUGAUGUUAGCAUCCAUCAAUGCGCAUCACCAUCACUACUACACUAAUGAUCUACCACAUGUUAUGGAGCAUAUGGAUGGUGAUGUGUAUGACCAGAUGAGAGACCACUUCACUUUGCUGUGCAGGACAGAGAUGGAUGUCAGUCUGGCCGCACAUAAAGAAUACAGCAGAAUAUGGGACAGUGCUUCGAAGGUGACCAGAGAGAGAAAUGCUGUGCAGUUUCUACAAGAAUCUCUUCCUCCCAGCAAAAUGCCCAGAUUCACCUUCCAGGCAGCUCCACAUGACAAGGUGUGUGUUUUGCAGGAGGUGGGUGGUUCAGAGAGGGAGGGCUGUCUGGAUAAGGAGGCCAGGAAAUGGGCUGCCAAAGCUGCCAAAGACUACAAAAUCAUCAGCCAUGGGGAAAGGGUCCUGCAGAGUUUAGAGUGUCGUUUGAAGCUUUUGUCCGGGGAGACAGGCCUCAGCGUGGAGCAGAGGAUUGUCGAGGUGGAGGAGAGCAUCAGAAAAGCCAAGGUUAGCAGAGCGAAGGCACAGGCCCGUCUGGCCUUGUUAUCAGAGUGCAUUGUGGGAGUUGAACAGUAUGUGCAUGCCACAAUGAGCCAGGCAGAAGAGGAGCUGGAGAGAGAGAGACGACUGAGUGAACAAAGAAGGUCCACAGAAGACUUCUCAGAGGAUGAGUUUGAGCUGACAGACUUUGAGGACUAUGAUGAUGAGAACAGAGACAUCUUCACUGAUCCAAUACCAGCAUCUGGAAUGUGUGUUUACCCCGUGGCCUGCAGAGUUAUCUACAGCUAUCAGGCUAGUCAAUCAGACGAACUGUCAGUCACGGAGGGGGAGGAGCUUCAAGUGAUCGAGGAUGGAGACAUGGAGAAUUGGCUAAAGGUGUGUAACUCCUGUGGUCAGGUGGGUUACGUUCCUGAGCGCUAUGUGCAGUUUCUGUGCCUACCUGCAAAGGACACUGCUCAGCUGGACACUUCUUCCACUGGGCAUAACAGAAGGGGGCAAAUCAGAGGUGUGGCCAGGGCUCUGUACUCCUACCACGGCCAGAGCAAAGAGGAGCUGUCCUUCCAAGAGGGGGCGCUAAUUCACCUGUUACGCUUUCGACAGGGAGAGGUGGAUGAUGGAUUCUGGGAGGGAGAGCUGGAUGGACGAACAGGCGUCUUUCCGUCGCUUGUUGUGGAGCUUAUCCGAGAUGAGGGAGAGGAGGAGGAAGAGCAGGACGAGGUGGAGACGCUCCCCACCCCAACUCCUCCACCUUUUUCUCCCCCCAUUCCGAUCCCCUUUGCCACCCCGGCCCCAUGCUCCAGCCCCAGCCCAAACCCCAGCCCAAACCAGCUCUGCUCACCUCCCAGUGCUCCCCUUCCCAGCUGUGUGGAGGACAAACUACAGGCUGUUCCUAUGGAGCUGCAGAGACUGGCAGACAACAAGAUAGAGAGUGGAGGCAGUAACCAGAGUUCUCCAGAUCCCUCCUUCAGGCGAAUAAAACCAUGUCGGGCACCCCCUCCUCCUCCAACCCAGAGACUUUCACUCCAGCCUAGCGACAGAAAAGGAGAGAGGUGCUGAUAUCACGACUACCUCAGUUUAGUCUUUUAUUUCUGUUUUGCCUCUUUUGAUAUUAUUUUGCAAAUGGUGUAAAAUGGUGUAAAACAAAUGAUGUGAACAGUGUUGACCAUGUCCUUCUUUGAGUGGAUUAAUGUGGUUAUUUUUAAAGUCCCCAUGAAAUGACCUUACAUGACUUCUACUUCCUGUAACACAGAGUAUCUUAAAU